GGGAGGAGGCGCAACAUUAGAGAGGCAGGAGCGCUCGGAGCCAAAGUCAGAAGUGAAAAGGCGCACGAGAGGAAAGAGUACGGCUGCGGUAGCAGCUGAAACACAAAGGCCUUUUCAUUCCCUUCUCUGCAUCUGAUAUAGGCGCUCAUCUGAGCUGCGGGUGGAUUGUGUAGAUUUUCUGCAGGCUUGCCUGGAUGCCCGUUGACUUGGUGAUCCCUCCUCCGCUGUGGACAGACAUGCACGAGAGCGAGAUGAGGCUGAAGAUGCGCGUCAGGCGCAUCAAGGAAGGGCGAGAUCUGAGAGCGAGCCGCAUGUCAUGCAACCCUUGAGCGGAUUUGCUCCGCCUGUCUGUCCGACAGCCUCAGGACACGCUGACAUCAUGCAUAUGGAAUGUUAGCCGUCGGGACGGCCAACCAGGUGGCUUUGCAGCUUUCUCUUCCUGUUUUCCUGACCUGUGUGAGAGUAAACCAGCCACUAUUCUACCUCUCAGCCUGUCCCAACCCUGCUUACCUGUGGCCAACAUCGGUCCGACCCGCAUCCUGCCCCACCUGUACUUGGGCUCUCAAAGAGACGUCCUCAAUAAGGAACUGAUGACUCAGAAUGGAAUCACAUAUGUCUUGAAUGCCAGCAACACUUGUCCCAAACCUGACUUCAUCAGCGACAACCACUUCAUGCGCAUUCCCGUCAAUGACAGCUACUGUGAGAAGCUGCUUCCUUGGUUGGACAAAACCAAUGAGUUCAUUGACAAAGCCAAGGUGUCAAACUGCAGAGUCAUCGUCCAUUGCUUGGCUGGCAUAUCCCGCUCUGCAACCAUUGCCAUUGCCUACAUCAUGAAAACCAUGGGCCUGUCUUCAGAUGAUGCCUACAGGUUUGUGAAGGACCGUCGCCCAUCAAUAUCUCCAAAUUUCAACUUCUUGGGUCAGCUGCUGGAGUUCGAGAGAGGCUUGCAGACGAAGAAGAGUCUACCUUGCGACCCCAUAAGGUUAGCAGGGAAAGCAACAGAAGAGGUGGCAGAGGUCCGAAAGAUGGAGAGCGAUCACUGUGACCAGAGGACUCCACACACUACAGAGAUCACCGUAAAGCCUCCAUCGCCUACCUCAUUGCAGAAAGACCUAAGCUCCCUUCACCUGUCCACCGAACGAAUCCUUCAAAACAAACGGCUCAAGUGCUCCUUCUCCCUUGACAUCAAGUCUGUCUACUCCUCGAGGCAAAACCAGCAAUCUUCUCCAAACUUCUCAGCGUCAGACUCUGAAAACAUACCCAAACUCUGCAGACUUGACAGCCUAAAAACCACUCAGUACCCUUCGACGGAGUCACAGUGUACUGCUGUGACUAACAAGUCCAGAACGAGGUGGGAAAACGGUGGCUUGGAGAGGUUAUCCGCCACCACUCUUUCCCUCAAUCUGAAGCAGGGUAACUGCGGGCCAAGACCCCAGGAUCCCAUUUGCGAGACCAACUUGAAGGCGCCUUCUUUCCUCAGCUUGCCGCUGGGUACAUCUGCUACUUGGACCACGCAUAGAGGCUCGAAUCAAGCCACCACCCCUAUCACACCCACUGGUGACUGCCCUUGGUUCUUAGGCGCUAAUUUGGCACCAUCUGGAACUGCUACUGGGAGCUCCGUGCACUUUGGCAGCGGUCCUGGCUACACGGCUUACAGUUGCAGUGGCCAAGCUGGCACCUCCAAGCCCAGCGUACACCGAAGGGACGAGACACAGGAGCCGCGGGACUUUCAGAACAGCUGGCUCGAGGAGGGGAAAACGGUAGUUUGCAGUGUAUCGCAAGUGGACACUAAGUACAAGCGCCGCAGCUGCCAGAUGGAGUUUGAAGAGGGUAUUAACACAACACAAAGCAGCGAGGAAUUUGGGAAGCUGGGCAAGCAAUCCAGUUUCUCUGGUAGCAUGGAGGUAAUCGAGGUAUCAUGACAAAGAUGACAAUCUAACACGAAGGCAAUAACUCUGUUGUUAAAGAACUUUGCAUAUAAGAGGGACUCAUAUCUGCCCCCUUUUCAAGCUAAGGUUGGAAGGGGGGAGUUGAGGAAAUUUAUUGGGUAUGAAAGGAUGCACAUUGGUUUUGCAACAAGCCAAGUUUCUGGUAUGAUACCAGUGUUUUUAAAGGAGCUUAUAGACUGCAUUAUAUGCACUCACACCAAAGAACUCACGGAGUGACCGUUUUCUGGCAUGUCACCCUAAGGUACACUCAAAAUGAAGGAGAACGGAUGGAGGAUAUCCUUCUAGCAUGACCAUACAAAGAUACUAAACAUGAAAGAAUGAAAAGAGAGUGUGUGUGUGUGUGUGUGUGUUUAUGCUGGUUUUGAUGCAAAUUAGGGCAGCCGCACUUAACGGUGACUGUGGGAACUGAAUGUAUGCCCAACUUUGAGAAGAUGCUGUGCGACAUUUAUUUUUUGUCAUUGCCCAAUUUUCUAUUUAGCUAUAAAUUGAGUAAAGAAGGGCAGAUGCAUUCAAUAAUGUCACUAUUCAGUAUUAUACAUUUUAUCCACAAUGUAAUAAAAGAGUGAAAAUAUGAAGUGUAUGUUUAAACUGAGAUACUCUCAGACCUACUACUGUGCACUGAGCAUGCUCAGAAUGGCUGGCUACCUACAAACAGACAAGCUGCUUCCGGCAGCACUAUGUACUAAGCUGUAAAUCUAGACAAUUUGCAUAUAUAUGUGUAAAGGAUUAUUUCGAUUUUAAUGGUCUAUUUAAAGUUUCAUGCAUUUGUUGCUUUAAUUUAUUGUAUUGGUUUCAUUCUGGCAAUGAGCAAUAAUAUAUUAUUUGAAAGCUU